AUGCAUUUAGAACCGAUUAAUGGGACUGGCACGCCUGUGCCCGAUGGUGUCAACCAGCGACAGCCGGAGGAGGAGCAGCAGCAACAGCAGGAGCAGCAUGAGGAAAACCUUGGCGAUGCGCCGUCGAAGCUGGCCAUUAUCGGCAUGGCCUGUCGACUUCCAGGUGAGGUGACGACACCAGACGAACUAUGGGAACUAUGCUCUCGAGCCCGAAGCGCCUGGUCACCAAUGCCGAAGAGCCGAUUCAACGCCGAAGCAUUCCACCACCCAAACCCAGACCGACCAGGCUCAUUCAACCCAACAGGAGCGCACUUCCUACACGAAGACGUCGGACUCUUCGACGCGCCAUUCUUCAACAUAACGCUCCAAGAGGCGCGCUCCAUGGACCCGCAACACCGCAUCAUGCUAGAAUGCGUGUACGAAGCGUUUGAAAAUGCCGGCGUCUCGAGCCAGUCCAUUACUGGCGCGGAUAUUGGCGUUUUUGCGGGUGCUUCGUUUCCGGAUUAUGAGGUUAACAAUACGAAGGAUGCGGAUGCUAUUCCCAUGUAUGAUUCGACGGGGACGUCGGUUGCGUUGCAGUCGAAUCGUAUUUCUUACUACUUCAAUCUGCAUGGGCCUAGUAUUACUGUUGAUACGGCUUGUUCGUCGAGUUUGACGGCGUUGCAUUUGGCGGCGCAGAGUAUUAGGAAGGGGAGUGUUCGAUGGCGGUUGUUGGGGGGUGUCAUCUUAAUCUUGUCCCUGAGAUAUUCGAGUGCUGAUUGGAAAUAUAGAUUGCUCGCUGAUUCGGGUCGAUCUUAUGCUUUUGAUAAUAGAGGUACUGGGUUCGGUCGUGGCGAAGGAGCUGGAUGCAUCGUUUUAAAGGACCUUGAGGAUGCUCAAGCCGCUGAAGAUGCCAUCAGAGCUGUCAUUGUCAAUACCGGAAUCAACCAGGAUGGUCGGACAAGAGGUAUCGCAAUGCCUAAUGGGGAGGCCCAGGAGGCAUUGAUUCGAGCUGUCUACAAGGAAGCAAAAGUCGACCCCGCCAAUACCGGAUUCGUCGAGGCACAUGGGACUGGUACCAAAGUUGGCGACCCACUCGAGGCCACGGCCCUGAAUGCUGUCUUUGGAAAAGGACGCACGCCAAAACAGCCGUUACUUAUUGGUUCUAUAAAGUCAAAUAUGGGCCAUUUGGAAGGGUCCAGUGGUAUAGUCGCGGUUAUCAAGACGGCCUUAAUGCUGGAGCGCGGAUUUGUCUUGCCGAACUGCAAUUAUCAAAAGACGAAUGAGGAGAUCCCAAUGGAGCAGUGGAACAUGAAGGUUCCGAAAAAGCUGCAGCCCUGGCCCCGGGGUAAAAACUACGCAAGCGUGAACAACUUCGGCUUUGGCGGGACCAAUGCCCAUAUUGUCAUGGAGCGUGCCCCUCGCCACAAAGGUCUAGGAUCAGAGAAUACGGAUCCGCUCAAGAGGAAGGUGUUUGUUGCAUCCGGUAACGACAAGAAGGCCGCUCUCGAUACAAUCAAACAACUCGCAACAUACAUGGAUCUAAACCCGUUCAUCUUUAACGACAGUCUAAUGGAUAAUUUGGCCUACACUCUGGGCCAGCGACGCAGUUUCCACCCAUGGCGCGUGGCCGUCGCAUCUUCGCACAAUUCGGACCUUAGCGCAUCCUGGGCGAAAAUCCCAGAGCCUGUUCGCUCAUCCCGUGAGCCAUCGAUCGGCUUUGUGUUUACUGGCCAGGGUGCCCAAUGGCAUGGCAUGGGCAAAGAGCUUCUGAGCACGUAUCCCAUUUUCCGGAAGACGAUGCAGGAUGUGGAUACUUGCUUGAAAUCUCUCGGGUCAACUUUCUCUAUCAUUGAUGAACUCCUUUUAGAAGACUCAACGGCCAGCAAGAUUUCCGCCGCCUACAUGAGCCAGCCGGCAUGUACGGCAGUCCAACUCGCUCUGGUAGACCUUCUGUCGUCAUGGGGAAUACAACCCAAGGCAGUUGUGGGUCAUUCUAGUGGAGAGAUCGCUGCCGCAUACGCUGCCGGUGUCUUGACUCUGGAAGAGUGUGUGCGGGUGGCAUACUGUCGAGGCGUGGCUGCCAACAUCGUUGCCAACGAUGACAGUAUCCAUGGUGCCAUGUUGGCUGUUGGUGCUAAAGCUUCUGAUAUUCAGCAGAUCCUGGACGCCAUUAAAGGAAAGCGAGCGGUCAUUGCAUGCGAGAACAGUCAUACCAGUGUGACUCUUUCUGGCGACAAGGACGUCAUUUCAAACCUCCAGGUCGCCUUGGACAAGGAAGGAAUAUUCACUCGUAUGCUUCACGUUGACGUCGCUUACCACUCUCACCACAUGAAGAGCGUAUCUAAGCAGUACCUAUCACUACUUGGAAAGAUUGCACCCAAGCCAUCCCGAGUCUCGUUCCACUCCACAGUGUAUGGCAAACUUGUCCCGGGAACUGUCCUUGAUGGCUCUUACUGGGUUGAGAAUCUUGUUUCACGAGUAGAAUUCGUCAAAGGAGUGGGGAGCCUGCUCAACACCGAGGAAUCUACAGGACAGAUCGAUACGCUGGUCGAAAUCGGUCCCCAUCCUGCGCUACAAACACCCACGAAAGAUAUUGUCCAUACUCACGCCCCCAACCGCAACAUGCAGUUUGAACAUACUUUGAACAGAAAGCUCGACGCCAUAGAAGCAGUUCAGAACCUGGCAAUGUCUCUGUUUAACUCUGGAAUGAUGACUCUCAACUUCCAGGAGAUCAACUUCCCAAAUCUGAAUACCUGCGAACGGAAGCCUGCCAUCUUGACCAAUCUGCCCAAAUACCCCUGGAACCACUCGGAAAGGUACUGGAUAAAUGCCAGGCUGUGUGAUAACCUCUACCGACCUCAAUUUGCCCGCAACGAUAUUCUCGGCAAGCUCUCCAUAGAAAACAUUGAUUUCGAGCCUCGAUGGAGGAAUCUUAUCCGGGCAGAUGAUCAUCCGUGGAUCAGACAGCACCGCGUUCACGACAGCAAUGUAUAUCCCAUGACUGGUUUCUUGGCCAUGGCCAUGGAAGCAAUCUCACAACAAGCACAACUACACCACUUGACCCCUGGAAAGAUUGAGCUCCGCGAUGUAUUCAUCAGUCGAGUCCUUCCGAUUCCUGACAAUGCGACUGUGGAGACAAUGUUGAGUCUGCGCCCUGUGCGACCUGAUGCUCCAGGAAGAGCUAUUCUCGGCUGGCAUGAGUUCAAAGUCUUCUCCUGGGCUGAAGGGAGAGGCUGGGAUCAACAUGUCAGUGGUUUCGUCAUGGUGCAAGAAUCCAAAGAAGCCAACCCUGUGAGCGGUUCCCGGGAAGAACUGGAAGUUGCCGGCAUCCUUGAAAAUACGGUGCAGCAGAUAAACUCUUCUUGUGGAACGACUGUGAAUACCGACACCCUCUAUGAAAAUAUUUCCAGCGGCGGUAUUCACUAUGGUCCUCUAUUCCAAGGCCUGAAGAAUAUUUCUGUCAACACAACGAAGGGAGCUGUUGCCACGAUUGACGUCCCAAAUACCAAGGAGUGCAUGCCCCAUGAACAUGAAACCGACUGCAUCAUUCAUCCUGUGACCCUUGAUCUCUGCACCCAAACAAUGUGGCUGCUUCAAGGGUUUGGCGAGCCAGGACCACAUGUGACAUAUGUUCCUUCGCAUGUGAAGCACGUCUCUGUAUCACUGAACUCCAAGAUUGGUCACGGGGCUACGCUAAAUGUAUACGGAUCUCAGUUCGGCGUAGAGUCAGCCAGCAGGCCUCUGAAUAACCGAAUCUUCGCCACUCACUCUGAUGACCCCUCAAAGAUCGCGGUUGAAAUCGACGGCAUCACUCUGGUCCCUAUUUCGAACGAUAUCAAGGGGUCAACGGACAAUGCGCCAAAUCAAAUCUGCUACAAGCUUCACUGGGAGCCAUGUUUCGAAUUUCUGUCGGAGGAUACCUACCGUCAACUCCCGCGACCUGAUGUCAGUGACGGUGGGAAGGGUGUUCAGAGGAUGCACCAGCUCGACCGAGUUGCAGAGAACUGGCUGCGACGCAUGCUGCGAGCUGUCCCCGAAGAUCAAUACCCAUCUCUGCCUCAUCAUCUACAAAGAUUCUAUCGUUGGGCACAGCAAACAUGCAGAGAGGCAGACAUCGCGGAAGACUUGCCCGCAGAAAUCGUCGACCAGACACGCAAUGCGAACGGUGCCGGUGAAUUCAAUUGCAAAGUUGGAGAGCUACUUCCCCAGAUCCUGCGUGGUGAGGUUGAUGCGCUUACCCUCAUGCUUGAGGAGGAUCUACUCAGUAAAUACUACGAGGACCUCGAUGGUCUCCGCGAGGCGUAUGCAAAUGCUUCGGUCGCUAUUGACAAAAUCGCCCAUCAGAAUUGCGACAUGAAUAUCCUGGAAAUCGGUGCUGGAACAGGAGGAGCCACAAUGCCGAUUCUGAAGAGCCUGGGAGGCAACGAGCCUGGGUCAACUCCCCGGUUUGGACACUACACUUACACCGACAUCUCCCCUGGAUUCUUCGAGAAGGCAAAGUCCAAGUUCGAGGACUGGGGUCACCUUAUGACUUACCAGACCUUGGACGCUUCUACUGAUCCUGUUGAUCAGGGCUUUGAGCUUGGAUCGUACGACAUGGUUAUCGCUUGCAAUGUUCUCCACGCUACGCCACAGAUUAACGAGACUAUGGCUAAUAUUCGCGCUUUGUUGAGACCCGGUGGUAAGGUUAUGUUGAUUGAAGAGACUGCCUCCAAACCCCGCCAUUUCCCCUUCGCUUUGUUGCCUGGAUGGUGGCUAGCCAGUGACGAGGUCCGCCCUGAUGGGCCCCUUCUGACUCGUGAAGGAUGGAACGAUGUUAUGAAGGCGAAUGACUUUUCUGGAGUCGAUCUUUGCGUCGAAGAGUACCCGGGAGCUUCUUUCCAGUCUGGUUGCUUGAUAAUGUCGACUGCCAAUGGUCCUGUCGCCGGCCCUACAAACCCCGGAGAUAUCGUCAUCGUGGGAGGUGAGAACAUUGGAAGCCUUUCCUUCUUGAGUCUUGAGGCCGGCCUAGCCGAUUCAACUGGCGUGAAGCCGACAAUUGUGUCUGACUUGGAAUCGGUUGACGUGUCUGGAAAAUGGUGCAUCUUCCUCGCUGGCAUGGAUCAGUCAUUGCUGUCACACCUUACGCCUGAGAAGUUCCAAGAGUUCCAACGGCUCAUGAGUCGUGCUCGUGGUCUUCUAUGGAUUGUCCGCCACACCAAGCUUGAUAGCCAAUCGCUCGGAGCAAACAUGGUUGUUGGACUGGCUCGCACGGUUCGGUCAGAGACCGGCUUGCCUUUCGCAACGCUCGACCUGGGAGAAAAGGAGAGCAUGUCGGAUGCUCAAGCUGUUCAUCAUAUGCUGGAUGUUUUCAAGGGCGUCUACUGCCACAAGUCGCAACUGAUGCAGAGUGACAUGGAAUUCGUUGUCCGGGAUGGUCACGUCUGUGUUCCUCGUCUGAUCGACAACCAUCAGCUGAAUAUCAGCGUUCAACAAGAAACAGCCGACGCACCACCAGCCUUGCAACUAUUCAAGCAAGCGGAUCGUCCACUCCGUCUCACUGCUGGAGACAGCAGAACUUUGGAUGAGAUGUACUUUACUGACGAUGAUGCCCGGAACGACCCACUUCCCGCAGAUUACGUUGAGAUCAGAGUCACUUGCACAGGUCUGAACUUCCGCGAUGUUCUCAUGGCGAUGGGCCAGCUUCGUGGAGAUAAACUUGGGCAGGAGUGCAGUGGUGUUGUCUCGAAGGUUGGUUCAGCAGUGACCAAUUUCGCCACGGGAGACCGAGUCUGCGCCAUGUCGCCGGGCUCCCUAUCAACAUACACGCGUUGUGCAGCAUCAUGUGCAUGGGUCAUCCCAGACAAUAUGUCAUUUGAAGUCGCAGCUUCAAUUCCAGCUGUUUUCUGCACUGCAUACUAUUCUCUUGUUGACCUGGGCCGUCUGGUUCAAGAUGAGAGUGUUCUCAUCCAUGCAGCAGCCGGCGGUGUUGGCCAAGCCGCAAUUAUAAUUUCCCAAAGCAUUGGCGCUAAGAUUUAUGCAACAGUCGGCAGUGCAGAGAAGAAGAAAUUCUUGAUGAACACAUACAAUCUCAAGGAUGAGCAGAUCUUCUUCAGUCGUGAUACCUCGUUUGCCGAGGGCAUUCGCCGUGCCACUGGCGGAGAAGGCGUGGACGUUGCUCUGAACUCUUUGAGUGGUGAUGCUCUGCAGGCUACAUUCGAGUGUAUUGCGCCAUUUGGACGAUUUAUCGAGCUUGGCAAGCGAGAUAUCACAACCAACUCUCGGCUUGAGAUGUCUCACUUCAAUGAGAACGUUUCGUUUGCUUCAGUGGACUUGGGUAUUGUGAGAGAAAAGCGACCCAAGCUUCUGAAGCGCCUCUUCCGUAAUUCUUUCCAGAUCUUCGCCAACUCCAGAGCUCAGUCGCGCUGGCCUAUCACUACACUACCGAUCUCCGACGUGGAAGCUGGCUUCCGUGCUCUGCAAGGAGGACAAGUUAUUGGCAAGAUGGUUGUCUCGAUCACGAAUGAGUCCAAGGUCAAGGUAUACCCGGCGCGGAGAGAAGAAAAGCUUCUUCGACCAGACGCUACCUACAUCGUUGUAGGUGGAACUAGUGGAAUCGGUCUUGAUAUUGCCAGCUGGAUGCCACAAAAGGGUGCUCGUCACAUUGUACUGGUAUCUCGAAGUGGCGCGGCAACCGAGAUGGCACAGAACACGAUCCGCGACCUGGAAGGACAAGGUGUUACGGUUGACGUGGCUCGCUGUGACAUUUCAAGCCAGCAAAGCGUCGAAGAGAACCUGUCUGCGCUCCUCGCUGAGCUACCUCCAGUUCGAGGUGUUGUAUACGGUGCGAUGGUUCUUCGAGACAUGCUUUUCGAAAAGCAAAGCUUCGACGACUACGAAACAGUCAUGAAACCCCGAGUUCACGGCAUUUGGAACUUGCAAAAUACCCUGCAGAAUCUGGAGAAAGGUAACCUCGACUUCUUCGUCACACUUUCUUCAGCCGCCAGUUUUGUCGGAAACAUGGGUCAGGCAGCAUACGCAGCCAGUGGCACAUUCAUGGCAGCCCUCGCCCAAUACUCGCAAACCUCGAACAUUCCCUGCACGACAAUCGAUCUCCCUGUCGUCCGUGGCAUCGGCUAUCUCUCCGACGACAAGAAACGCGAGCAAAUUUCCUCCCAACUCGGAACUGAAUCCGUCUGUGCGGCCGAGAUUCGCGGCCUUGUUGCAGCUGCCAUCCGCAAGGAGAUGCUGGAUACCUGCGCCGGCCACUGCGUAGUAGGAUUCGACGGCGUCAAGAAAUACCCCGCGAGCGAACAGCCAUUCUGGGUCAACGACACGAAGCUCUCGCACUUGCUCGCGUGUCUACUCUCGCUGGCGCAGUCCAAUACCGAGAUCUCACCUGCAUCCGCGAUUCGUCAAUCCCGUGGCCGUGAGAGUGCUGUAGCCGUCACUGUCAACGCUCUUGCGCAGAAAAUCUCAAGUAUCCUCAUGCGUCCUAUGGAGGAGAUGGAUCCUUCAGCGCCAAUUUCGGUCUACGGUCUUGAUUCAUUGGUUGCGAUUGAAAUUAGAAACUGGAUUACUCGGGAGUUGGAGGCUAAUCUUCAGAUUCUUGAGAUUCUGACGAGCGAUUCCUUGCCUGCGCUUGCCGAACAUAUUUUGAGAAAGUCGGGUAUUCUUACCGCGGAGGUGAAGUCUGAGUGGGGGUUGGAUGUUGCUGAAGUACGGAAUGGCGUUGAGUGA